GAGGUGUAUCGGAUCCCCAAGAAGAGCCAAGCGGAGCGGGAGAACAGCGCGGAUCGCGGGAGAGAGGCCGCCGGCCACCGGGAUCAGACGCCGACUCCCAAGAACCCCGUCCUGAACCGCGAGCGCGAUCCCGAGCGGCAGAGCCAGAGCAAGGAGAAGAAGAGGCGACGGGAUUCCCUGUCGCCGCCGUCUUCGGCCUACGAGCGGGGAACCAAGAGGCCCGAGGACAGGUAUGACACGCCAGCUUCUUCCAAGAAGAAGGUCCGCCUCAAGGACCGCAACAAGCUGUCCACGGAGGAGCGCCGCAAGCUCUUCGAGCAGGAGGUGGCCCAGCGGGAGGCUCAGAAGCAGCAGCAGCAGCUGCAGAACCUGGGCAUGGCGUCGCCGCUUCCCUACGACUCCAUGGCCUACGGCACCCCCCACCACAGCUUCCUGGGCUACCCCCCGGGCUACCCCAUGCAGGCCUACGUGGACCCCAGCAACCCCAACGCCGGCAAGGUGCUGCUGCCCACGCCGAGCAGCGGCCAGGGCUACGGCGUGUGGGACUCGGGCCAGCAGACGGUGGCCGUGCCGCAGCAGUACUCGCCGGCGCAGUCGCAGCCAGCCAUAUAUUACCAGGGACAGACCUGUCAGACUGUUUACGGGGUGACGUCCCCUUAUUCGCAGACGACGCCACCCAUCGUGCAGAGCUACGCGCAGCCGGGGCUGCAGUACAUCCAGGGCCAGCAGAUCUACACGGCUCAUCCGCAGGGCGUCAUCGUGCAGCCGCCCGCGGCCGUCACCGCCAUCCCAGAGCUCGUGGUGACCAAUAACCUCCUGGACUUGCCCCCGCCAUCGCCUCCGAAACCCAAGACGAUCGUCCUCCCUCCCAACUGGAAAACGGCCCGCGAUCCCGAGGGAAAGAUCUACUACUACCACGUGGUCACCAGGCAAACCCAGUGGGACCCUCCGACCUGGGACAGCCCCGGGGACGACGCCAGCCUGGAGCACGAGGCCGAGAUGGACCUGGGCACCCCCACGUACGACGAGAACCCCAUGAAGUCUUCCAAGAAGCCCAAGACGGCGGAAGCGGACACAUCGAGCGAGCUGGCCAAGAAGAGCAAGGAGGUGUUCAGGAAGGAGAUGUCGCAGUUCAUCGUGCAGUGCCUGAACCCCUACCGCAAGCCCGACUGCAAGGUGGGCAGGAUCACCACCACCGAGGACUUCAAGCACUUGGCGCGCAAGCUCACGCACGGCGUCAUGAACAAGGAGCUCAAGUACUGCAAGAACCCCGAGGACCUGGAGUGCAACGAGAACGUCAAGCACAAAACCAAGGAGUACAUCAAGAAGUACAUGCAGAAGUUCGGGGUCAUCUACAAACCCAAAGAGGACACGGACUUGGAGUGA